UAAGCUUUGAAGAAAAAAAAUGAUGGGUUCCAAGGCAUUUUUAUUUCUUGGCAUUUUUUUGGCAAUCUUUUCAAUGAUAAGCUUUGAGGUUGUAGCUAGAGAGUUGGCUGAGACCCCAAUGAAAUUGGAUUAUAAGAAUGAUGUACACGAUGAUGGAUAUAAUGACAUUGACGGAUAUCUAGGUGAUAGACGUGGCAAAUAUAAAAAUGGAUAUAAAUUUCCUGGUGACGGAUAUUAUCCUCCACAUGGUUGUGGAUAUAAACCCCCAUAUGGUGAUUAUAACAACGCAUAUAAAUCUCCACAUGGUGAAUAUAACAACGGAUAUAAAUAUCUUGGGUGGGGAUAUAACACUCCACGUGAUGGAUAUAACCCUCCCGGUGAUGAAUAUAAGCUCCCACAUGGCGAAUAUAAGCCCCCACAUGGUGAAUAUAAUGGAUAUAAACAACAUGGUGAUGGAUAUAAAUCUCCUUGUGGUGAAUAUGAACCUCCACAUGAUGAAUAUAACAAUGGAUAUAAGCCUUCAAGUGGCGAAUAUAAGCCCUCACCAAUCCGCCACUGGCCCCCACAUGACGGAUACAACCCUCCAAGUGACGAACACAAUCCCCCACAUGACAAGUAUAAACCCCCGUUUGGCGAAUACAACCCUCCAGGUGGAGGCCAUGAAUAA